UUGUUCUUCCGUCCAGCUUGUCUGAGGGAACCGGCGGAGCGCGUCGCGAUGUCUGGGGCGGCGUCGGGGUCGGCGGGCUCCGGGGCCGGGUCGGUGGGCUCGGUGGUGCGGCGCUUCCUGGCUGAGUACAGCAGCGGGACGCCGAGCCGGCUGAAGGUGCUGGACGCCUACCUGCUCUACGUCAUGCUGACGGGGGCGCUGCAGUUCGGCUACUGCCUCGGCGUCGGCACCUUCCCCUUCAACUCCUUCCUCUCGGGCUUCAUCUCCGCCGUGGGCAGCUUCAUCCUGGGCGUUUGUUUGAGGAUCCAAAUCAAUCCACAGAACAAGGGGGAAUUUCAGGGCAUCUCACCAGAACGAGCCUUCGCCGAUUUCCUCUUUGCCAGCACCAUCCUGCAUCUUGUUGUCAUCAAUUUCGUGGGAUGACCAAAUGGUCCUGGAUUUCUCUCACUUGCUGAUGCCCAACAUGAACAAGCUUGCGAUGCAUCAUAGACUUUGAUUUGUUCACUGGUGGGAACUGGUUUCUUGAAAAUAGAUGGGCUUUUUCUUCCAUUUAUAUAACCAUCAAUAAACUUCCUUUGUUAUA